GCCCUGAAAAGGCUGGUUCCCGUAGGCUUCAAGGAGGAGGCAUGGUCACUCUUGGUCCUUUCUGGGCCCUUGAAUCCAGGGAAGGCAGGGUGCAAGGCACAGAGACAGAACUGAGACGCACCUAAGCUGCAUGGUUUGAAGGACAGGCAUUAGCUGGCAACAGGAACUCAUUGCCUAUUUCAUUUCCAAAGGAAAAUAACUCCAGUUCCUGUUCCAGGUGCUGAACUUCAUGAUCUAUGUGGUGAGCUCAGUGUUCUGUGGACACCUGGGGACAGUGGAACUGGCAUCUGUGACCCUCUCUGUAGCUUUUGUCAAUGUCUGUGGAGUUUCCGUGGGGUCUGGCUUGUCAUCAGCCUGUGACACCUUGAUGUCCCAGAGCUUCGGCAGCCCCAACAAGAAGCACGUGGGCGUGAUCCUGCAGCGCGGAGUCCUGGUGCUAAUGCUCUGCUGUUUUCCCUGCUGGGCGCUCUUCCUCAACACCCAGCAUAUCCUGCUGCUCUUCCAGCAGGACCCUGAUGUGUCCAGGUUGAGCCAGGAGUAUGUGCUGGUCUUCAUCCCUGCACUACCGGUCAUCUUUCUUUAUGGCUUGCUGGCAAAAUAUCUGCAAAAUCAGGUAGGGCUUCUAGGGGUAGCUCUGUCUGUGCACCUGGUCAACCUGUGCACCUGCCACCAGGCUCUACCUCUUUCUGGCCCCAGGCUUGUGGGAUCCUGCCUGCCCCUGAGCCAGGCCAGGUCUCCUUGCAUGCAGGGUAUCAUCUGGCCGCAGGUCCUUAGCAGCCUUGUGGGCAACUGUGUGAAUGGCCUGGCCAACUACAUCCUGGUCUCUGUACUGAGCCUGGGGGUCAGGGGCUCUGCAUAUGCCAACACCUUGGCCCAGUUCAUGCAAACAGUCUUCCUUCUCCUUCAUAUUGUGCUGAAGAAGCUGCACCUGGAGACAUGGGCGGGCUGGUCCAGGCAGUGCCUACAGGACUGGGGCCCCUUCUUCUCCCUGGCUGUGCCCAGCAUGCUCAUGAUGUGUGUGGAGUGGUGGGCCUACGAGAUCGGCAGCUUCCUCAUGGGCCUGCUCAGUGUGCUGGACCUCUCAGCCCAGGCCAUCAUUUAUGAAGUGUCCACGGUCAUCUACAUGAUCCCCAUGGGACUCAGUAUGGCCAUCUGCGUCCGGGUGGGCACAGCGCUGGGGGCAGCAGACACAGCACAGGCAAAACGUUCAGCCGUCUCAGGCGUGCUCUGCACUGUCGGCACCUCGCUGGUUGUGGGAGUCCUGUUGAGCCUCCUGAAAAGCCAUCUAGGCCACAUCUUCACCAAUAAUGAGGAAGUUGUUGCCCUGGUGGACCAGGCCCUGCCGAUCUAUGUCAUCUUCCAGCUUUUUGAGGCUCUCUGUUGUGUCUGCAGUGGAGUCCUGAGAGGGACAGGGAAGCAGGCCUUCGGAGCUAUUGUCAACACCUUCACCUACUAUGUGGUAGCUCUCCCACUGGGUAUCGUGCUGGCCUUCGUGGUCAGAAUGAGAAUCAUGGGCCUUUGGCUGGGCAUGCUAGCUUGCGGUAUCCUGGGCACAGCUGCCUUCAUGGUCUACACAGCCCGCAUGGACUGGAAGCUGGUUGCUGAUGAGGCUCAGAGACGCACAGGGAUGUCUCAGCAGAGCUCCGAGGGCCCAGACAGCUUCAGCACAGCCUCUAGAGCUGCCCCAGAGAAAGCUGUUGUGUCCUCAGUGGCUACAGGCAGCUCCCCUGGAAUUACUCUGACAAUGUACUCAAGGCCUGAGAGCCACCUUGACCUCCUUGGGACUCCAGAAGCAGCCCAUGCACUUGAAGCUCCUGCUAGCAGCAGACUGUCAGCAAAACAGCUGGCCAUCCGUCGGGGGGCUGCCCUGGGGGCAGCCUCAGCCACACUGACAGCAGGGGUGCUCAUCAGGGUCCUGACCAGUAGGUACUAGCAGAGUGGUUGUGCCCAUCUCUGUCUGUCUGUCUGUCUGUCUGUCUCUCUCUCUCACACAC